GAUCGAUGCGGAGUUUUACCCCAGAUCCAUUCCGUCGGAUCGUGCGAGUGUUCGGUGGGUCCUCGCGGGGAGUAUCGGAAGCUGGCCUCCUUUAGUCUAUGUCUCAAUCGAAAGGCUGGUCCAUUUCGCCUCAUGUUCAGAAUAGCUUGGCAUGGUCCAUAAUUGGCGAGGCAUUUUACCCGGAGUGUAUAUCUCAUGUCCCUCGAACGAAACUCGAAGACAACGUGACUUGCCCGACUUCAAAAGCACUACGAGGUUAUCCGAAUCUUAAUGAUUUUUCUCAAAUUCGCCUAAGAGUUCUACUAGUAAUAAAAAUGACUGACCAACUUCCAACUUUGCGCUGGGGUAUUGUCGCUACCGGGCUCAUUUCGUCCUGGUUUGUUCAAGACCUCGUUCUCGAUCGCGAAAACGCCAAGGCAAAACAUAUCGUGCAGGCCAUAGGGUCAUCAUCUCUCGAGAAAGGAAAGGUUUUCGCCGAGAAAUAUCUCCCGGGUAAAACUCCGACGAUUUACGGCAAUUAUGAGGAACUGUAUGCGGACCCGAAUGUAGACAUUGUCUACAUCGGAACUCCACAUGCAUUUCACAAGCAGAAUUGUUUGGACGCAAUCAACGCCGGAAAGCAUGUUCUAUGCGAGAAAGCCUUUACGCUUAAUGCGAUGGAGGCGAAGGAGGUUUUUGAAGCGGCUGAGAAGAAGGGAGUCUUCGUCAUGGAGGCAAUGUGGACGCGCUUCUUUCCCCUCACACGAACUCUCAUAAAGUUGUUGCACGAAGACAAGGCGAUCGGAAAUAUUCAUCGUGUAUUUUGCGACUUCGCCAUGGAUCAAAAUAUCGCAUCUCUGGGGCCAGAAUCGCGGUUGAAAAAUCCAGCGCUCGGCGCGGGGAGUCUACUUGAUAUAGGCAUCUACAGUCUUACAUGGGGACUGUUGGGAUUGGAUGAGAGUAUAGGCGAGAAAGCGCAAACUUCGGAGAUUGUUGCGAAGCAGACAUUAGAUGCAGGUGUCGAUAUUGCGACAUCCGCCGUGCUACUCUAUUCGGAUGGCAAGCAAGCUAUUGUGUCGAGUUCGUCUUCUGUUAAGACCAAGCCUGUGUUUUGCACCAUACAGGGGAGUCAGGGGUAUGUGGACAUUGAAGGAUUUACAUCGGCACCCCAAUUUUUCACUGUGUAUUCCCUAAAGGACGGGUCUUCAAAAAAGUACAAAUUUGAAAGGCCCGGGAGAGGAUUCUACUGGGAGGCGGAUGCGGUUGCACUUGACAUUACUGCUAGGAGAGUGCAGAACGACAUUAUGCCGUGGGCUGAGACUCUCAGGGUCCUUGGCAUUCUAGACGAGAUCAGGAGGCAGGGAGGUGCAAAAUUUCCGCAGGAUGCGAUAGCUUAAUAGCUUUAGAUAUAAUUGGAACUAUUAAC